AUGUAUAUAAGGACAAAACCUGACAAACAUUUGACACGCAACAUUCGACACGGACUCGCACACGCACGGAGCAAGGAGCCAGCCAAACUCCACAAGUCCACAGUCGAGGGACGAAUACUUGUUGCAACUAUGUCUGCAAAGGAAACACGUUCCGCCAUCCGGGCGUUCACUAAAGGACCCUCGCAAACGCAAGGACGCCCAUUUGAGUUGCUUCACAUUCCGCUUUGUAUUCACUUUGGGAAUAAAACUAUUCAAUUAUGGUAUCUGCCGAGUAAAUGCGCAUUGAAUUCGGAGUUUGUUUCCGUCGCAUUGAACGGUUCAAAUAACUGUCGUAUAACCGUGUUCAGUAUCCUAUGUGAAAGUCGUCUGACACCAACCGAGGGUAAUAACGGGGAAAAUGUUCUUGGAUUUACAUUGAAUACGCUUGUGGUUUGUGGCACAAUCAAUUCAGCCAAAUAUGGGCCACAAAGGCCACCGGCGAUCGGUGGAUUUGGUCCGUUUUUUAUUUAA